CUCUUCUACUCGGACGUGCUUCGGGAAUAGUCAGUGAUCGUGGCGAUAGCGAUUCGGCCAAAAUUGAAUUGAAAACGGCCGUUUCUGUAGAAGAUGGCUGAAUACUUGAAAAAGCCCUUCAAAGACAGUCUGGAUGAUAUAAAAGAACGAAUGAAAGAGAAGAGAAAUCAGAAAUGGAUAAGGUUGGGUAAAAUUAACCAAAUCUCGAAUGUAAAGUGCAAAAUAGCAACCAACAGCUCCAUGCAAAUGAAGAGUAUCCAAGCAAAUAACAGAGCUCUAGCUCUGGCACUGCAAGAAGAAAAGCUCAAACUGAGGGAAGCCCAAACUACCAUCCUUCAUUUAAGGGAACAGUAUCAAGGUCUGAAGGUUCAGAUGUUUGAUUUACAGCGAAAACUUAGAUUUGAGCAAGCACAAGGAUAUGUUGAGACUCGACUGCUAGCCUUGAAUGAGAUAAUUUCAAAAGUUUCUCAGAAUUUACUGGACUCAGUUCAUCUCCUUGGCCCAGCAAAGAAUCUGUGUUCUACAGAUGUAAACCAGAGAGUGUCGUCUUCAGUGCUUGAAAAUAAUUCUGGUGCCGUAGGACAAAUAUGUUUUGUAAAGCAUUCACCAUGUGCUAAUGGAGAUGAUCGGGGACUGCAAAGGGAAAUGGAGGCUGAUAAUGCUGGAAAUGAGCAGGCUCGUUCUAUGUUAGAGGUCUGCCAGGAAUCUGAGAAUGCCAUUUCUUUAAUCAAAAUAGUUCCAGACAAAGGACAAACCUCUGAUUUUCAUCUGGAUAAUGCAGCAUCACAGUUGGAAAAUACUUCCUCAAGUGAAGAGGACAGGCCAUUUGGUAAUAUGUUACCAAAAAGUGUGUCCACCAGGCGUCGCCAUUCGAAAAUGAGAACUCAUGAUGAACUUUGCACUGGUAUCUUGGACCAUUCAGAAACACCUGAUUCACCAAGAGAGCUUUCUAAACAGGAUGCAAUUAGACUUGAGGAAAGUCUAGAGAAACGUACUGUAGAAAACACAAGUUCAGAUAUUUCUCAGCUGAAUGAAAACAAGGUAGGUUCAGAGCUGGUGUUGAGGCAGGUAGAUUCUGCAGCUACCCGGUUCAAUUCCGGCAACAUAUCUGACUCUAAACAACAUGAACGUAAAAGAAAAGAAGACUCUCAAGUAAGGAGAGAAAAGCAUCAGAAGGGAAAACUGGAAGGGACUAAAAAUACUUCCAGACCAAGACCAAAGAAAAGACAGGGUAAAGAGACUUCCAAGGAAAAGUUGGAUUUCUUGGGUGGCUCCAGUGAUGCUUAUGACUUUCAUUUUGAAGAGUGUGUCCAUGUUACACCUUUUCGACAAAAUAAGGUUAAUGACACAGAUGCUGGUGUGGAUGACAAAGAAGAUUUACCUGAAACUGAUAGCGCUGAGCCUAGUGAUAAAGAAGAUUCAGAUGAUAGCCUCUAUGUACCUUAUAUGAGUAAAUCAAAAAAACGGAAAAGUUCAAUGGGCAAAAAAGAUACAUCACCAAUCCAUGCAAGACCAAGAUCUAAAAGAUGUCUGGCACAGCGUGAGCAGAAACUCCAGAAUGAAAAAGAGACUAAAAGCAAUAAAUCAAGUGACAAGUCUACUAGUGAGCCUUUUGAACCAUCUCGUAGUCUUUGUGAUGUUACCAACACUGCUUCAUCACUCCUCAUUGGGAGUGCACCUAUUGUCCCAGAAGGUGAAGGACCUCCAGCUCCAAAACGCAAGAGAAGCUGUACUCUUACUGUGAGCUAUAAAGAACCAAGUAUUGCAGGGAAGCUUAGGAGAGGAGAUCCAUUUACAGAUACAUAUUUUCUGAACUCUCCGAUUUUCAAGCAGAAAAAAGAUGCUAAACUUUCUGUUAAAAAAGAAUCUCUGUCAAAAUACAAUGAGAAAUUUGUUGGUUGUCGUUGAGAUUUCCUGUCACACUCGCAAAAUCCUGAAGAAAGGAAAUAUUUUACCUAGGAAAUUGUUACAUAAUAACAUCUGGUACAGUAUGCAAUUAUGUCUAGGUGUCUAAUACUAACUAUAAAAUUAAGGUUUUUCAAUUGUAACCCAGGGGCUUGUUUUUAAUGAGAUGUUAUUCUGUU